AUGCCGCUUCCCAACGACAGGGAGCAGGGACAUAACCAGCAGGGACACAACCAGGUGGCCGGGCGCCCGCCGCGCCGCGCCGAGGAGCCCGUGUUCCUGAUCCGCGCGCAGGGCUUCCCCUUCUCCUGCACCGAGGAGGACGUGCUCGCCUUCUUCGACAGCUGUAGAAUUCGAAACGGUGAGAACGGCAUACACUUCCUCUUAAACAGGGAUGGGAGGCGCAGGGGCGACGCCUUGAUAGAGCUGGAAUCCAAAGCCGAUGUCGAGAGGGCCUUGGAAAAGAACUUGAGAUACAUGGGCCCACGCUACGUGAAAGUGUUUGAGGUGCACGACAAAGAUGUGGAGGGCCUGCUGCAGAGCCUGCGCGACGAGUCCAGGGCCAUGAACGACGGGGUCGUGAUGCUCAGAGGGCUGCCCUACAGCUGCACCGAGGACGACAUCGCGGAUUUCUUUGCGGGUCUGAGCAUAACUGACCUAGUGUUUGUGAACCGGGGGGACAGACGCACGGGCGAAGCCUACGUGCAGUUUGCAGCUCCCGACAUGGCAGCCAAGGCCCUCCUAAGGCACAGGGAGUACAUUGGGAAUAGGUACAUAGAGGUGUACAUCGGCAGGAAGCAUCACAUGCAGAGGCACGCGAUGCAGGACGCGGCGCCCUGCGCGAGGGCGCCCAGAGAACUCGGCUCCAAGCCUGCAGAAGGAGAACAAGGUUACACGGGAUCCAGCGCCCAAAGAGAGAGCAGUCCGCAGGGAGAGCUCGUGGAAAGGCUGCGGCGCCUGUCGGAAGCUGCGGAUGCCUCCCCCUCGCAGCCUUUUGUCCACGUGAGGGGUUUUCCUGCCGAAGCCAGUGCCCAGGACAUGAUCAACUUUUUUGCUCCCCUGAAGCCCACGAGGGUGCUGAUGGAAUACAACUCCCAGGGCGAGGCCACGGGAGCGGCAGACGUGCACUUCGAGAGCCACGAGGAGGCUGCGGCAGCAGCGGCCAAGCAGGAGUCCAACGCCCAGUGCAGCUCCAUCGAGCUCUUCCUGAACAAGCACCCACACGUCAAACAAGAUUGCUAGGGACAGUGGAAGGAGAGCACGUUUGGCCAAAGCCAGCACAUUCCGUGGUUAUCAUCAUGAAGAGGACACACAUGUGUCACUGCUCCGCGGCAAGCAUAAGCUGUAAAAUAUAGUUUGGAUGUGUGUAAAAGCAUGUAAUAAAUUGCCUUGAUAUACUCUGCCUAAGUCCUUUUGAAGAGGUGGAAAAGGAUCUGAGCUCAAUGACGUGUCUUGGCGGCUGCUUUGGACACAGCCCCUGCUGCUCAGGGAUGGAGCUGGGGUAAAAGGUAGGCCCAGUAACCUGUUCUGGAAGCAGAUGGGGAGCCCAAGCAGGCGACAU